UCGAUUUGUGCGAAGUCGUGUAUCGCGUUAUUUAUCAUGACAUAGAAAAUAUUUGCAUUAACAAUCGUUUAUGGAUACCUUGAUUUUAAUCAAUGUUUACGCACGCUUAAUAUUAACGGUGUCAUGUAAAUAGACCGUGAAAUUGUAAAGUUGUUCAAGGGGUGUUAAAUGGGGGAAAUAUUAGUGCAUUUGUGUGUUGUGCUGUGAGAGUGAACGAUGGAUCGCCGAUGUUCCCAGUCCGUCCGGACACUUGUGUUCGACGAUUCGGACUCUGAUCCGCCUAAAGUCGGACAGAAGAAGGAUCUGGCGUCGGCUGGAGCGCCAUUGUCGUUGAACCAGAGCGCUGAAGAUGCGACAAAAACUCCACGUUUGUCGAACUUGGUGCGUAUGCGCCGGUCCGCGCUCGGGAAGUCGGCACCUACGCUCUCGGUUCACGUCAAGGAGACAUGUGCGGUGUCCCGGCGUCCGUCGCGUCUGCCGCCGCCACCUCCCCACCAUAGGCUGUCACUAGUGGUCGGGUCAGGUCGGUGCAGCUCCCCAGGCACGGGUCCCCUAUCACCAGCCGAGGGUCCCCGCUGGCCACACGUGCAUCAUCCUCAUCCUCUGCACCAUGCUCUCCUGUCCUCCAGUGUUAAGCGAGGGAAGGAGCUCGAUGGUCGCAGGUGGUCGGUGGCAUCGCUCCCCUCCUCCGGCUACGGGACCACUCCGGGCAGCUCUAGUCUAUCAUCACAAUGCUCGUCCCAGGAGAGGCUGCUGGCGGUGCAGGCGGUGUGCGAGCCGCCGCGGGCGCCGUGUCCUCAUUGCCAUCAGCAUCAGAACUCGCUCAACAGCUCACAAGGCAGCGGCAUGAACAACUGGGCGUCGCUGUCGGACAGCGGCGGCAGCGGGAACACCGCCGCGCGCGCACCCUCGCCGCAGAGCCCGGCCCGCCGCGUGCGCAGCAGGAGUUUGAGUUCACCAUCCCGCACGGGUGGUGGUGGUGGUUCGAGCGGUGGCUCCGGGUCGCGAGAUGAUGCGGUCUCCGCCAUGUCUGCGCUAUUCGCUGCCAGGUUCCCAGCGGCACAACGGGCUAUGGAUGAUAAGUUACGAGGGUUGAUAGAUGAAGUGCUGGAACUGGAUAAGAAGCCUGAUCGGCCGCCUAUUGAGAGAUUUGUUCAGAGACAGGUACUAGAGAUGGCUCGCGACUGCUUACACAAGUCGGAAUCUAAGCAGGUGACCAGCACUUACUUCUACGACAUGGCUGACAGUUUAGACAGGCUGCUUGCUGAGACACGAGAAAAAUCAGCAGAAGCCGGGAACCAAGUGGCACCUUUAGUGACCCGACUAAUACUCGCGAUGGCCCGACCGGCUCGCCUGCUCGAGUGCUUAGAGUUCGAUCCUGAGCGGUUCUAUCGCCUGCUAGAGGCCGCUGAGGGUCAUGCGAAGCAUCAGCAGGGCAUAACGACGGAUAUCCCUCAGUACAUAAUCCACAAGCUGGGGUUGUCGCGCGAUCCCUUAGCUGAACUACACGCGCCGCCACCGCCGCCGCCGCCGCAGAACACUUCGCCUUCUAAGAGUCGCGGGCGGCAGUCCCCGCCCAGCGGACAGGGCUCCAACAGCGCCCCGCCGUCCGAGAACGACUACCACGUCAUCAAGCUCAUCUCUAACGGCGCCUACGGGGCCGUCUAUCUAGUCAAACACAAGCAGACCAGGACUAGGUACGCGAUGAAGAAAAUAAGUAAAAACAACUUGAUACUGAGGAAUCAGGUGGAACAGGCCUUCGCUGAAAGGGAUAUCCUUAGCUUUGCCGACAACCCCUUCGUGGUAACAAUGUACUGCUCAUUCGAAACCAAACGCCAUCUCUGCUUCGUGCUAGAGUUCGUAGAAGGUGGUGACUGCGCCACGUUACUUCGCGCGGGCCCCCUGCCGGCCGACAUGGCGAGACAUUACUUCGCCGAAGCUGUCUUAGCUGUCGAGUAUUUGCAUUCCUAUGGGAUUGUGCAUAGGGAUCUAAAGCCUGAUAAUUUGCUGAUCACGGCGACUGGUCAUAUAAAGCUGACGGAUUUCGGACUCAGUAAAAUGGGGUUGAUGUCGUUGGCAACGAAUCUAUACGAAGAGUACGCGGAUAGAGAAGCGCGUCAGUUCUCCGACAAGCAAGUGUGCGGCACGCCGGAAUAUAUCGCGCCUGAAGUUAUAUUAAGACAGGGUUACGGCAAGCCGGUGGACUGGUGGUCGAUGGGCAUUAUUCUGUACGAAUUCCUGGUGGGCUGUGUGCCUUUCUUCGGAGAUACUCCUGAGGAGUUGUUCGCGCAUACUGUCAAUGAUGACAUCGAGUGGCCGUCAGAAGAGGAUUUCCCCAUAGCAGUGGAAGCUCGUGCCAUCAUCACGGAGCUGCUAGCGCGGAACCCGCGCGACAGGCUCGGCACUGGCGGGACGCAUCAAGUUAAGGAUCACGUAUAUUUCUGUGGCCUGGAUUGGAACAACCUGCUGAGGAGAAAAGCGGAGUUCAUCCCACAGCUCGACAACGAUGAGGAUACCAGCUAUUUUGAUACUCGCUGCGACCGCUACAACCACAGCGAGGUUGACACAGACGAGGCGGCCGAGCCCGCUGAACCGGCAGAAGACGCCGGUCUUUUCGCCGCCUUCUCUAGCACAUCACCACAGUGGCGACGCCAUUAUCACCACUCGUGUGUGGAACAUGAUUCUAGGAGCACGGAUUCGUGGCCGGGUACGCCUGACAGUGCCGGCCCGCCCACCACGCCGACCGCGCCGUUGCAUCAUCAUCCUAAAUGCCCGAUCCUAGGCAGCACAUCAACGGCGGAGUCCUCUCAGACGGACAGCGACGACGUGUCCCCGGCGGCGCGGCGCCGCGCGGCGCUGCGGCCGCACGCGCCGCCCCCGCUCGCGCACGCGCCGCUGCUGCCGCAUGUGCCGCCUGCACUCGUGCCUAGGCUAUCGGACAUGUCCCGCAAAGACGACACGCACAAGAGCGUGAGCCUCGACAAGCCGGAUAAGCCGGACAAGCCCGACAAGCUGGAGCGGCCCGAGAGGCCGGAUAAGUCGCGGCCUACGGCUAUCGUUGCCAAGUCCAUGAGAAGAUCCGCAAGCACAUCCGGAUUGUCGCUGGUUAUACAUCCAGCAGAUGACAGCACACUCAGCAUAGGCGCUGGGUCGCCGUGCGCCGGCAACACGUCGUCCACUAACUCUUCGAGAGAUUCGUCUCCUUGUCGUGACCCACCCUCACCCUUCGCGUUGCCGAGCCACUCAUUGAUCCAGUCUUCCAAGCCGCCCAUAGUGGUUCGUCGCGGCCCCCGCGGCUUCGGCUUCACGAUACACACAGUGCGAGUAUAUUAUGGAGAUACUGACUACUAUACUAUGCAUCAUUUGGUCUCGGCUGUCAACGAGCAAGGCGCGGCGUGGGCGGCCGGGUUACGAGCCGGCGAUCUUAUAACGCAGCUGAACGGUGAAUCCGUACAGGGAUUGUUGCAUACACAGGUGUUGAGAUUGUUGCUGGCUGCUCCUCACGCUACACUGCGAGCUACGCCCUUGGAUCAAACUACCAUACAGGCGGGCGGUCGUCGCCGCGCAUGGUGCGGGCGCCGCGCCACAGCGCCGCCGCGGCCGCGGCCUCGCCGGCGCUGCUCGCUGUUCCGCAGGAUAUCCACCAAGAGAGCCUCGCAGGAGAUGCAUCAGAUGGUAUCAAGCGGAGAAAUAGCAGGCGUAUCAGCGACACCAGCCACCCCGGCCGCAGACAGUCCUCUACAUACCACUACUACCACUCACUACCAGCGUCCAUCAUCUCUCCACGGUCUCAAACACAAGUUAGUAGCUGGCGGCGCAGUAGGCACGGCAGGCGAAGUACGUCGGGCUUCACUACAGCAUAUGCCUCUGUCUCCACUCGCUAGGACGCCGUCACCUUCACCGCAGCCACAACCAGCCUCACCCACCAGUCGUUGCGAGGCGCGCAGCCCGUCGCCGCUGGCGGUGCGCGAGUGCGGGCGCCGCGCCUGGCCGCGCCGCGACCCCGCCUCGCCGCUGCUCAGGCGGGCGCUGUCACCUGACAGACUACAUCCCCGUUCAGCGGAAUCGAAAUGCUCAAUCUCCCCGCUCUGCUGUGGCGGCGCUAGCGUCGCUACGACCGGCGCCGGCGCCACCGGAGCCCGACGCGGCGUGGUGUGGCGAGCCGCCGCCCCCGCCCCGCCGUCGCCAACGCCUCCGCCCCCGGACAAGGGGGAUGAUGCGUCUGCUCCAUUGCCCCGGAUAGCUGAGGAGAAGGACUCGCCUACACAUCAUGCUAGGAACUUGCCUAAUAGGACACCAGCCAAGCAAUCCACCCCCAGUAUCUUCACGUCAUCCCCUAAGACGAGCCUGGACAAAUCCGCAUUCGAUACAUCGGCAUCAUUCGCUUCUCUAUCGUUAUCCGACGAAUCAUUUAUCGAUACUUCUGUCGAUUUAUCGAACUUGGACACCUCUAGAGAAGGCUUUUUGGAUGACAGCCGGGCCAGCACAGAAUCUAGCAUACUCAUCGAAGAAAAGACUAAGAAACCCCCACCACCACAAGAACCGACCCCACCAGUUGAAGUCCAAACGAAAGCCCGAAAGAAGUCGGACUCAAGCCUCAAAGAUGAAGACUUGAAGUCCAAAGAGAAACAGAAGUUCAAGCAAGACAAACCAGAGUUGAAGAAACAAGAAUCUUUAGCAAGAAUGGAGGAGAAUAAAGAAUAUUCUGCUGUAUUAAAAGAAGAGAAAGUAAAAGAUAAAGUGAUGGAAAGAACGGGGUCUAUCAAGAAGGUUGAGAAGCAGGAGAAAGAUAAGAAAUUGGAGAAGGAGAAAAAACAAGAGAAGGCAGAAGCUAAGAGGAGCGAAUCUGUUAAGAGGAUCGAGUUGAAGAAGCAGGAGUCUGUUGACAUGAUUAAGUCACCAGAACCGCUAGAAUCUGAAAGCCGCAGCAAGAAUAGCAUGGUGAGCAAGUUACUCGGCGUGAUGGGACGCAAGGGCACCCGCGACAGAGAUGAUGAUGACCACAAACCCAGCAAGAAGGCUGAUAAGCAUGCUAAGAAGAAGAGUGGCAGCCUCCCCCCUCAACCACAGCAACCACCAAAACCGGAGCCAACUCCUCAAGAAAAACCCUCAGAAAAAGAGACAGACGACAAGAGAAACAAGAAAACCCGCGGCCGAGCGUCUAGCUCAUCAUCCGGAGAAAAGUAAGACAAACAUACACAGUUUGUACAAGUGCGAGUGAGAUGGACAUAGUUAUCGCAGUUACGUCUUGGAAUUUUUGAAAGUGUAAAAGAGAAGUACUUUUGUGUGAGUGAGAAGUUAGUUUGUUCGGGCACUAGACUUAUGUGGACCUAAGAAGUGCAAGUGAGAUAGACUUUCGCUGUCAAAUUUUAAGCUUAGUCAUGAAGUUAAGUAAUAUAGUGAGGUCGCGUUAUAGAUGGGUGGGGGUUAGGUCAACUAUCGUAUUUUUAGAAUGUGGUUAGCUUUGCUUGAUUGUAAAUACAGGAUGUGUAAAUUAAGAACUUUUCGAAAUGACGUAAAUCUGUCUAUUGCCUUGGUUUUUUCUUCGAAAUUAACUUUCUUGUGCCUUUGCUGUACGUAAAAGGAACUAUUUAAAAUUUUCUUCGAUUAAGGCAUUAUUAAUCUAUUUGAUCUCAUUGAAAUCAAGCGGCAAUAGUCCGUAUUUAUGUCCAUACAUUGUAAAAAACACAAGUUUAUUUCUCAAACAUCCUGUAUAAUAAUAAGUUAUCAUCACGACUGCUUAUAAAUGGGGUGUAAGCAGCACUCAAGCUCGCGAGACAAGUAGUGAGACGUAGGUUAAAUAUAUAAAACGGUAAUGUGUCUACUAAAUGUUUUACUAUUGUUCGUGUAAGCUGGUUUGGGGGUAGAUCGACAUUUUUCUCAGACUAUGUACAUAGUAGGUAAACCAAGGCAGAGAUUCAGACAUUUUUCAGACUAAUUUUAAUUCAAAAUAGACUAAUAAUUAUGAUUUUUACAUCAAACUUCCAUAAUGUAUUUUUCUACUAAACUCUGACCAAUUUUUCAAUAAAUAUGAAAAUAAGUGUUCUGCAUCUUGAUUUUGGAAAUACAAGUUCAUUCUCUUCGAAUCGGUCUUUAAUAAGAGUGUGGUUGCUCUGCCUUUUAAACGUAAUUAUUCUAGUAUAAAAAAAAGUUUUAGAAUAUGUCGAGCUAUCAAAAUAUACUUAUGAAGGUUUAAUAAUAUUUCAGAACCUAUUAAAAAAUAACCUAAAAAGUUAGCCAAAAAUCUAGCUGAAAUUUAUUUAAAUCUUAAUUAAACUAUUAGAUAAAUGCCUAAAGAAACUAUUGGACUGCUUUUUAGGUGUCAAAAUAUGUAUAGUAAACGAUUAGACUUCUGCCUAUGAUGUCUUGAAUGUUUUUGGGAAAAAAGAAAGGUAGAAGUAAUAUGCACUUGAUUAUACAUAUUUUCUUCUUUUUGGACUUAAAAAAAUAUAUAUUCUUCAUAUUAUGUGAAAGAAUAAUAAAUAUUUUUUUCUUCUAUUCAAAUUAUUUUGCUUACAUGAUUCCAAAAUUUUAAAUUGAAAGUAUUAUUAAAAAUUCAUAAGCGAAUCAAACCGGCGUUCGGUGUUGUGAUUGAUAAAAAUACUAAAUAAAAUAAAAACUAUUUGUUAAAUGAGUAAGCUUUCUUUAGACUGUUCAUAGCGUUUAAAUAGAUAGUUGAUUAUAAUAUGGACUUUAGAUUGUCAGUCGUGUUAGCCGCUUUGGGGGAGCGCAUGUAAUGUAUAUUUUGUCUUUUACAAAAUAUUUCAUUUUAAAUACAAACCAACUGAUUGAUUCUAAAUUAUGGAAUCAGGCGUUACUUUGUGAAAAUUCAUGACAUAAAAUAUGUACGUUUUGCGCCCCUUGGACUCAGUCGAGUCAAUAUCUCCUGAAAAUGCUCGGUGGAGGGGCGAAACACUAGUCUAGUACUUAUUCAAAGCUUGGAUUAACUGUUACGCAAAAAUUAACGCUACAUAUUUUUGAAAAUAUUUUACGCUUUUAUUCUAUUUUAUCGGAUGGCUAUGUGCCUACUUUUUUAGUAAAUGAUUUGAAGCAUCGAUUUCAUACUUCUACUCUCAAUUCAAGAUGGCGCCCUCCAAAGUGUUGCCAGCACGAUGUUUAGCCGCGAUUAAUUAUUUUAUGUCGCUUUUCAGUAUUACAAAGUAGAGGCGUUGAUAAAAAUUACAAAAAAAGAAAGUUUUAUUUUAACUUUUAUUUUAAAAUAAAUUAAUACUAUUUUUAAAAAGGUUUGUUCGCGCACUGAUGUAAUUGUCAUUUGUCUUGUGUAAGUUUUUAAUUAAAUCUCAUUUUUUAGUUUUAGUUUUUAGCUUUUAGUGUUGUAUUUUUUUAGGCUUUAGUUUUGUCCUGUUCGAUGGUUUGACGCUUUUCUGUACAUAGUUUUUACUUUCCGAAUUAUUGGAGAUCAGCCAGAAAUGUUUUAUUAACAAUAAUUGAUUUUUGGAAGCAUUUUAUUUGGCAAUGAAACGUCAAGUCACAACUCAAUGAUUUAUCAAAUAUAGUAUUUAAAAUUACUAAACAUAUACUAUUAUUGUUUUGUCAGUACUCCUGUAAAACUCUUUUAUAAGCGAUAUGUAAAGUGUCAGUCUCAUCUUAACAGGACAUUGUGACGUAUGUGAUAUAUUUUAUAAAAACUAUUUCUUUUAGCGUCUCUUGUAAUGCAAUAUUUUUUUAUUACCGUUUUUAGUUUUGUAGUUCACGUGUUUUGUUGUGUACAUGAAUUAAUAGGAAUAUUGUUUUAAACAUAUAUUUUUUUAAAAUAAUUUUGAGAGAGUUUUUUACUCUCUAUAUUGUUUAUGAACCUUGUGGUCAAUCGCAUUGCUUAAAUUAGUUAUGAUAAGCAUUUGUAAUCUUGAUUAUUGUAUUGUAAUGCAUAUCUAUGAAAAACUAUUCUUAAUUUUUGUACACAGCAAAAUACUGUCAUGUUUUUUUGCGUUUUUCUACUAAUUUGUAUUUAUAAUACCUAGCAUUAUUAUUUCAUUAACAUUUUCAGUUAAACCUAAAUAACUCAUUAACGAAUUUAUAACUAUCUUUCCCUGUUGAGGGGUUAAUUUCAAAGUUAGUCAACAUUCCAUUAAGUUAAUAUCUGUGCCAUACAAGCCUCUUGUUUAACAUCAUUGUUUUACGCAGAUUGUAACUUUAAACAGAUUUUUAAUUAAUUGCCAAAAACUAUUAUGAAUUGUAUACGAAAGUUUUUUUUCACAUGAACUACCAAAAUUACUAAGUAACGUAAAUUCAUCAGACUAAGAGAAUCCAUACACUGUAAAAUUGUAGUCGGCCGACUACUUUUUCGAGCUCAUACAUCAAAUAGAAAUGAAUGGUGGAAAGCACAUAACGACUUUCUUGUCGUCCCACUGUUUAAUGUGCAGUGUGUUGGUACUCUUACUGUUAAAGUUACAAUCUGUCUAAAACAUAAAUGCCAAUUAAUUACAAAUACUAAUGAACCAUCUUCAUUGAGGUCUUAAUAACCGUCUUCCUAAUUGAAAUGUAAUGUUGAAAGUUUUAAUUCUGUUGUCAAAGUAAUUAGAUCAUCCAUUUAUUUAUAAUAUUAAUAAUGUUUACAACUUGCUUAGUUAAAGCAAAAGCGCUUUGCAAAGAUACAAAUUCGACUUAAGAUAAUUUUAAAACAAAGUGAAGCUAAUAAUUUUAAAAUUUACAAAUUGUAUUAAAUUUCUUUUUAACGAUAAAAUCAAAACAUUCCGUCAAAAUGUAAUCGCGAUUUGAGAUAAAUUAUUUCUGUUUUUAAUAAUGUUUUGAUUGUAAAUACUUAUAUAAUUUAAUGAAUUAAUGUCUAUGGAUGGACUACUUGUCUAUGUCUUGUACGUUUGCAAGAACGAAUAAGUGCUCUAUCCAUGUUUCAUGUCAGAAUUACAGUUUAUGGAUAAAACAACGAAAAUCCUAGGCUUUUUUUUAAAUAAAUUGGUGUUAGUUUAUAGCUUUUUAAAUAAAAUACAAAGUACACUGAAAUGACUGCAAAAAUAGAAAAGAUUUAUACAUAGUUUUCUUUGUCUAAGUGUGCGCUUCAACUAUAAACUAAUGUUGGAAAAUGUAUUAUUAGUUCUGAUUGAAACUAGCCUUUUAUCAAUUUUUAACAAACCAAUAUUGAUAAUAAGGACAAAGUUGUAAGUAAGAUCGUUGUAAAAAUGCUUUUUGGACUUCACUUGAGACGAAUUUUGUUAUAAAAUAUUGUUUGUAAUACUCAUCGGUUAAUUAUUUGUAAAUUAAAAACUAAAAUUAGUUUUUUUUUGCAUGGUAACACAGGGUUCAAAUACGAUUACCCAUAAAACGUUAAUUUCGCGCGCUAUGAGCAAUUAAUUAUUGUGGCAACUAUUUUUUUAAAUGGAGACCAAAAUGUAACAAUGAAUUUUUUGUAGAUUCUUGUGCAUAUUGUAUGUAUGUAUAAAUUGCUUUCGGGACCACGAAUUUGAAAAGUAUAUUGUUUGAUUAAAUCAUUAUUUCGUAAUUAGUUGUAUGAAAGCAAUCUACAUUGUUACUUUGGAAUUGAGCAUGCUUUAUGAGCAGCUUUGCUCUGUACGAGCAGAUGUAGCGAGCAUGUUCAUAAGGGCCGGCGCACAUGAUCGACCAGUCGCUCGUGUGUCGCCUCCGUUAGUAUAAGUUCACAUUUUAAUCUUCAUGUAAUGUGUAGUCUGCCAUACAAAAUAAAUUGUACUUCAGUAAUUAGUUUAAAUUUAAACUAGCGUAUAAAAUGUUAAAUGUGAUUUAUAAAUAAACGAGAAAUAUGUUUAGCGAAGAAAUAUUUUCUCUAGUGUAACGAUGUGUAUGAAUUGAACGGAUACUGAAAUAAAGUCAUGAAUUAACUGUUCUUA